ACCACUACCAUCUUUUACACCUACUACUACAAUAGUAGAUUUAAAUGAUAAAUUAUCAGAUGAAGAAUAUGAAGAUGAUAUUGAGUUAAAUGCCAAUGAUAUAAGAUAUUCGGAUUUUUUUGAUCCACCAAAAAGAGUAAAAAUUAAUGAUAAACCAAAAAUAAGUAUUGAUGGUCAAAAUGAUGAAGAGGAGGAGGAGGGAGAAGAAUAUGACUUUGUUUUUGAUUUAGAUCAAGAGAAUAGUGAUGAUGAGGAGGAAGAGCCAAAGUCUAAAUUUCAAAAACAAUAUGAUAAAAUACAAAAUCAAAUUAAGCAAAUGGAAAUUGAAAAUGUUGCAAAAAAAGAUUGGACUUUAACUGGAGAAGCGUCAGCCAAUGAUAGACCAAUAAAUAGUUUAUUAGAGGAAGAUUUAGAAUUUGAUCAUAUUGUUAAGCCAAUACCAGUGAUAACUGAAGAAGUAAUAGAGAAACUUGAAGAUAUGAUAAAAAGAAGAAUAUUAGAUGAAACAUUUGAUGAUGUAGAGCGUAAAUCAGAUCCAAAAUUCAGACCAUUUUUACCCUCCUCACAUUUAAAUUCUGAGGAAUUAUCAGUUGAAAAAUCCAAGAAAUCUUUGGCAGAAAUUUAUGAAGAAGAAUUUGUUAAACAAACUAAAAAAGAUGACGGCGAUAACAAUAAUAAUGAUAACGAAAAGGAUUCAGAAUUGACAAAAGAACAUAAAGAAAUUGAAAAUAUGUUUAAAAACCUAUGUCAUAAAUUGGAUGCUUUAAAUGUACCUGCUAUAAAUAUGGAAGAAGUUAUUCCAGUAAAUGUCAGCGAUGCUACAUUGUUAGCACCUGAAGAAGUUUAUGAUAAAAAAAAAAGUGAAGUUAAGAGUAAAACAGAGAUGAGCACAGAUGAAAAGAAACGUGCACAUUCAGCAAAGAAACGUGCUAAAAAGAAACAAAAAUUGAUGAAAGAACAUGAAAGAAAAGUUAUUGAAAAAUUGAAUCCUGGUUUAGGAAAUAAAAUGUUGUCAUAA